AUGAAUGAAAGUAAAAAAGAAUUGAAAGAUACAUAUUGUCUUCUAACACGAGAAGACCUGAUGCAACUCGAUUCUAAGGAACCUUUUUGGUUGCGUCUGCGAUGGGGUUUAUUCAUCCUGUUUUGGAUAGUUUGGAUUGGACUUCUGUUGGCCGCAAUUCUUAUCAUAGUUUUUACUCCUAAAUGUCCACCGAGACCGGACCUUCCAUUCUGGAGAUCAACCAUUGGCUACUGGGUAAAUCCGUUUGCAUUUAAGGAUUCGUCUGGAAACAAGGUCGGUGAUCUGAGGGGUUUGGUUGAUGGGCUUGAUUAUAUAAAGGGGACAAUUGGCGCUGGAUUCAUCGUUCUGACAUCUAUCUUUUCUGGCGAAUAUACAAAUGAACAGAAAAUAUUAGGUCUCGUGAAUGAUUUCUAUAAACUUGAUGAUGCACUCGGUGAUAUGGAAGAUUUCAAGUACCUCGUAAAGUCGUGUCACAAGAAGGGUAUCUAUGUUGUCCUUACCAUGGACUUCAAUUCUGUCUCCACAAAACACUUAUGGACUGAAGAUACUUCUUUACUUGAACCUUAUCCGAAAGAUAAAAAAUUUUCUCGUUUAGGUGGUGAUGGUAAAACAAUUAUAAAUGGAGUUGAUUAUUAUUCUGUCUUCGGCCCAAAUCUUGUAGAUCUUAACCUCAGGGAAUCAGGUGCACUUAGUCGCGUUAUUGAUGUGGCAAAGUUUUGGCUGAACGAAGGGAUCGAUGGUAUUGUUUUAGAUAAUGCUGCUUUCUACGUUGAGAAUUCUGCAGCACCUAAUGAUUCACUUUCAGUCGGGUCCGAAUCAAACAACUGGUUCAAAAGCUACCCGGCGUCUCAGAUAUUUACUGACGAAUCACUGGGGUUUGUUCAGAAAAUGAGGAAACUUAUUGAUGAAGUGUCACAGUCCAGUGGAAAACCGAAAUUACUAGCAGUGGAUGCUGGCAACACUGGAUAUGGUGUUGGAGAGAAGGAUGACAGUGCAAUUAAAUUUUUGGGCACUAAAGAAAUCCCUGGUGCUCACGUAGUUGUUAGUCGCCAGUUUGUGAAACAACGUGGAUGGAAAGCUAGUGUUAAUGCGACACUGAGUGAGAGUAACAUUUUUACGUACAGCAUGUUGGAUACGAAUGCGAGAUCUUCUUUGGCUCUGAUAGCGGCUUCGACUAGUGACCCGAGACAAUCUGACAUAGUGGCCUUGGCAUCAACCCUUCUUCUUCCAGGGACUACUCUACUCUAUUAUGGCACAGAGUUAAAUGUGGCACCAAGUAAUGCAAAUUUUUCCUUUGACUUUUACCCGUUUGAUACGAAAACUAUAUUGGAUGGCUCAUCUGAAACAAGUAUACUGUCUCAAUUGCCAAUGCCAUGGGAUCAGUCUGGAAUAGGUUUUUCAGCCGCACUUUUUAAUUCGACUGCAUUUACAAAUUACAUUAAAAACUUCAAUAUUGUUGAGACAGUUGAGUCUGCAACAGCAAGUGGUCGUGGAGUUAUACCCUUCAGCCUCGUUCAGAGCCUUGUAACUAUUCGUAAAAACGAAAGCAUCUUGUGGGGUGGUUUCAACUUACUGAAACCUACUUCUAUAACCGAAAAUUUAAAGUUCCAAAUAUUUGAACGCAAAGCUGUAGGCUUCCCAGCAUUCAUAAUUGUCUUACGUAAUGAACACGAUGUUGCCAGUGGAACCUUCAGCUUUUCUUCUGUUUGUUCCAGCAUAGUUCCAAGAAUAAUAUACCCGCCAAAUGACAAGUUUACUAUUGGUGAGGCAGUUACCAGUGAACGCGUUUACCUGCAUUCCGAAGGGCAACCACUAGUGUAUGUUUUUGAGUGUGCGUAG